AUGAUUCAAUUCAUGUCUAUUCCACAGCCUGGUCUCAACAACAGGACUUCCGGCGUUCAGGUCGGCACAGUUGUUGGAGGUGGAUCUACGGUCAACGGCAUGGCUUUUGAUCGUGGAUCAAAGGGCGACUACGAUGCGUGGGAGAAGCUGGGCAACCCAGGUUGGAACUGGGAGACUACGAUGAAAGCACGUAUGGCGACGGACCUGUUCAAGUUGGCUUUCCCUCCUGGCAGUGGCCCGACAGAGAGAGAGGCAUGGAUCAAGGAUAUUGGAGUCCCCGUGCUUGAUGACCAUGGUGCUGGCGGUAAUAACGUCGGUCUCGCGCUGUUGCCUCAAAAUCAUGACCCGAAAAACGUUACCCGUUCUACAUCGAGAACCGCAUACUUCGACCCCGUCGCAGAGACUCGUGGGAAUCUUAACCUACUCGUCAAGCAUUAUGCUUCGAGGAUUGAGUUUGAGAACAAAAAGGCCAUCGGUGUAAACAUUGUCUCACGUGAAACAAACAUCACUACUUUGGUCAAGGCGAGGAAAGAGGUUGUUCUCGCUGCUGGAGGCGUACAGACGCCCAGGAUUCUUCUUCAAAGUGGUGUUGGACCCGCUUCGCUGCUCGAGUCUCUCGACAUCAACAUGGUCGCAGAUCUUCCCGGAGUUGGCGCCAACUACCAGGAUCAUCCAUGGUUGCUCAAUGAGGCCAUGAACGACCCUGCUUUCUUCAAUGGAUCAGAGGCCGAGUACUUUGCCACUCGAACCGGUCCCUUCACACAUGCUCGUGGUAACAACGUUGUCUUCAUGUCACUCCAAGACCUUACCUCCGAGUACGAGAGCUUGACAGCUGCUGUGGAGGCCCAGAACGCGAAGGAUUUCCUCCCUGAUAUUUACUCUGAGUACCCUGAAUUACUUGAAGGCUUCCUCGCCCAGCGCAAUACGCUUGCUAAGCUCUACCGAAAUCCUGAAGCAGGCGUUCUGGAGAUCCCAUUUGGAGGCUUCGCGGGAGGUGCUAUUUCCCUGCAAAAGUCGCUAUCCCGUGGGACCAUCUCUAUUAACACUACCAAUCCUGACCCGGCUGUGUCCCCAGUCAUCAACUUCGGUGUUCUUAAGAACCCAAUUGACCUUGAGGUUGCCGUGCUUAGCGUCAAGGCGAUCCGUAAGCUCUGGGAAAGUCCUACCCUUGCAACACGUGAGGCUGUUGAAAUUGUCCCUGGAGCCAAUAUUGCUACGGAUGAGGCCAUUGCAGAGGCUAUAAGAAACUCACUAUAUGCUAGCUUUGCGCACCCUAGUGGCACGGCGAGUUUGCAGCCGAUGGAACAUGGCGGUGUUGUCGACUCAAAGCUUCGCGUUUACGGAGUCGAGGGUCUAAGAGUUGUCGACGCUAGCAUUAUCCCCUUGAUUCCGGCCUGUCAUUUGCAGUCAACUGUGUACGCCGUAGCAGAGAAGGCUGCAGACAUUCUCAAGGGUCUUUGA